AUGACAGAGGCAGCGCCAAAGAGACAAUCAUGUCACGGAUCCUGUCACUGUGGAUUGACAAAGUAUAUUGUCUUCCUCACACUUCCACAUCCAUUCUCGUCCUCUCAUCCACCACAAGGAAUGGCACAAGAAGUCUACCGUUGUAACUGCAGCACAUGUUAUAAAAUGAACUUUUUCCACGUCCAUCCCGCUAAUCCUCGAGACGAUUUCAUACUCCUUUCACCACUUGAUCCGGAUCAUACAUUGAGUACCUACCAAUGUCAUGAUAAGCAACGUAAAUUCUACUUCUGUCCAAAGUGUGGAGUACGAUGCUUUACGUUUACUGGUGUGGGUGAGACCAAUGUUGUUAGUCUUACAGAGCUAGCUACCGAGGACCAAGAAAGGAAGAAAAAAGAGGGAAACCAAGAAAUCUGGCGCGCGAAAUGGGAUGGAGAGAAUGCUACAAGACCGUAUGUUUCAGUUAAUGCGACUACGAUUGAUUUAAGAGAGGAUUUCGAUCUACGUGUUCUUAUUGAGCAGAAAAGAGUGCAGUAUUUUGACGAUCGGAGUGAGCCUGAAGAGAAGAAGAAAGAGGCAAGAUGGGACAGACCACAUUAUGGUGGAAGUUAUUGA